GGGGCGGGGCGGGCGCGCGCCAGGCCCGAGCUGCUGCGCCAGGGGCCCCCGGCCGGGCGGCGGGGAUCGGCCUGGGCCCGGCCAUGUCCGAUUACCGGAUCUCGGUGGAGGAGCUGAACGACCUUCUGGCUAAUGGGAGCGGCUGCUAUAGCCUUCCUAGCGCGCACAGCAACGAGGUGGUGCCACGCAUCCACGUGGGGAACGCGUUCAUAGCCAAGAACAUUAUGAGGCUGCAGCGUCUGGGGAUAACCCAUGUUCUGAAUGCAGCAGAGGGGAAGUCAUUCAUGCAUGUGAACACUAAUGCAGAGUUCUAUGAAGGCACAGGCAUCAGAUACCACGGCAUUAAAGCUAACGAUACACAAGAAUUUAACCUCAGUCGCUAUUUUGAGGAGGCAGCUGAUUUUAUUGAGAAAGCACUUUCCCAGAAGGAUGGACAAGUAUUUGUGCAUUGCCGUGAGGGCUACAGCCGUUCUCCUACACUGGUCAUCGCCUACCUCAUGCUUCGCCAGAAUAUGGAUGUCAAGUCUGCAUUGAGCACUGUCCGGCAGAAGCGAGAGAUUGGCCCCAAUGAUGGCUUUCUAAGGCAGCUUUGCCAGCUCAAUGAGCAAUUAGUGAAGGAGGGCAAACUGAAGCCCUAGAACAGAGCACUGUAGUAUUUUUUUGAAGUUUCUCAAACCAUCAGAGGACAACUUAGGUGCUUUAGGUUCCCAAACCCCAACCACCAACCUAAAUCACAUAAUGCGAGGGAGAAAGGAUUCCUGCUCUUGUCUAAUGAAAGUAUCUUUCUCAGAUUCUGGGUCUGUCUUUUAAGACGGCACAAAAUUGUGUCACUGUUCAGAGCUGUUGCAAUAAGGAGGUGUUUUUAGAGGGGUAACUCCAGUGAUAGCUGUCUUCACAUGUAUUUCAGAGCCCCCUACAGACUCUGUAGCGUGUGUGGUUUGCAUUGACAUUUGAGUGUGAUUCAUUUAAGCUUCGUCUUGUAUCCCACCAGAGCACCGUUUUCUGAGAGCCCCAACAAGUCUCUUCACUCACUCUUAACUGAAGUACUGUAUUUUCUAAGGCUUCUUUUCCAUGCACACAGGUGCCUAAAGUUUGAGUGUAGACGCUUCAAGGAAUGGAGAACCAUAUAUACAAAUGCACAGAUGCACUUGCCUGUAAAAUGAAGUGUAUGCAGUGUUGUGUUUAGUGUGGAUUUAUGCAAUACACAGUGUUUGGUAGUAAAGCCAUUCAGAGCCCAAUCUUGAUGCACACUGUAUCUCCAAGAAUAUUCGUACCUCUUGCUGUUGUGAUUGACAUGAAAUAGUCUGAUAUUAAAUGCUCUUUUAUUUUUGUUUUGAAAACAUGCUAAAAAAAAAUGUCAAGAGCAAAUGUUGAGGAAAAUACUUGAGCAAGGAAGAAAUAAUGUCUGUAUUUUAGGAGUGCUUGUACUGGAUGUAUGAUAAAGUCCUAAGUAUCAGAAUAUAA